AUGAUUCAAAUGAGGCGCCCGGAAUUUACCUUUCCGACUGAUAUCGGAUAUGAACGAUACUUACACGUUGUUACUGAUAAUCUUGUUGCGUAUGUAUUAGAGAAGAGUUUUUUUAAUGCUGUUGUUGAGGACAUUAAAAGUGGCAGAAAGAGUAAUAAAAAUGAUAAAAUGUCGUUCGCUUUUAUGUUGAGGGUUGCACAUUAA